AUGGGUCAUGGAUACAGCGCCGAGCCUUUAAGGGGAGAUAAAAUAUCACCAAUUGCAACUUACCCUCCAAGUAAAUUUAUGAUAUUCCGAAUGCCAACUGAUUUGGAGAAAGAAGUUCAUACGUAG